AUGCAUGCAUUACCAGAAUCGAAGUUCCAAGUCGACAGAGGCAACGUAUCAGACCAGGCCGAUGAGCUAGAGAUCGAUUCUGGCGAGGACGGAACCUCGCAGGAGAUCCGGGGGUGCGUGGAUUCGGAUGAUGAACGGAUCACCCUUUGUCUUUUGGAUGCUCGUGUUUCCCGAUGGGCUGAUGCAGCCGGGUUGAAUGGUUUUGCCCACAUGGAGCCAUAG